AUACACUUGUCCAAUUAUCAUUGCCCGAUGUAAAACGCAGAUAAAAUUUAAACUUGAAGUAUCUUACAUUAAAGUAUAUUUUUACAGUGCUACUUAGAAUUCAGUCAAUUAAAAUCUUUAAUUAGAUUUGACAUUGAUUAAACAACUUUCCUCUAGGGAUGAAGACCAAACUUUGAAACAAAAAUUUGAAAUUUGAAGCUAUAAAAAAAGCUCGUUAAAAGGUUUUUUAGACUUGGACUAGUGUAUUUUAAAGUGCAAGAUGGUUCUCAAAGUGUUCACCAAGCAGUCGAGAGUGUGGUUCGCCGUAUCGCUUGGAUUAAUGAUCCUAGCUAUAGCGCUAGUCGUGUGGGGCGCGCCUUACAUCAUUAACCGACAGAUACAAAAGAACAUCCAAAUCGACAACUCGUCGCAAAUGUUCGAGAAAUGGAGGAAACUGCCGGUGCCUCUGGACUUUAAAAUAUACGUGUUCAACGUAACCAAUAGUGAAGAAAUCAAUAAUGGCGAGAAGCCCAAACUUGCUGAAAUUGGCCCCUAUGUAUACAAAGAAUAUCGCGAGAAAACCAUCCUCGGCUACGGUGCCAACGAUACGGUAAAAUACAUGCUGAAGAAGACAUUUUACUUCGCUGCCAACGAGAGCGGCUCGCUUUCAGAAGAUGACGAUGUUGUCGUCGUCAAUUUAUCGUACAUGGCAGCUCUACUAGCGGUGAAUGACUUGAUGCCGAGCUUCGUGGGCAUGGUGAACCAGGCUCUUGAAGAAUUCUUCUCCAACCUUACGGAUCCCUUUCUCCGCGUGAAGGUCAAGGAUCUAUUCUUCGAUGGCAUUUAUCUUAACUGCGAAGGCGAGAGUUCUGGUUUGGGACUGGUAUGCGGUAAAAUAAAAGCAGACAUGCCACCAACAAUGCGACCAUCGGAAGAUGGAAAAGGAUUUUAUUUCUCCAUGUUCUCCCAUUUAAACCGAACGGAGUCUGGUCCAUACGAGAUGAUACGUGGUACCGAGAACGUAUACGAUUUAGGCCAUAUAGUCUCCUAUAAAGGAAAAAAUGUGAUGAGCCAGUGGGGAGAUAAAUAUUGCGGCAUGCUGAAUGGAUCAGAUUCCUCUAUAUUCCCUCCCAUCAAUCCGAACCACGUUCCAAAGAGAUUGUAUACUUUUGAGCCCGAUAUUUGCAGGUCGUUGUAUGUCAGUCUUGUCGGCAAGAGGAACAUCUUCGAUCUAUCGUCAUAUUACUACGAGAUAUCGGAGUCUGCACUUGCGGCGAAGAGCGCCGUGCCCGCCAAUAAAUGCUUCUGUCGCAAGAAUUGGAGUGGCAGCCACGAUGGAUGCCUCCUGAUGGGCGUAAUCAAUCUCGAACCCUGUCAAGGAGCCCCAGCAGUCGCCUCUUUGCCACAUUUCUACCUCGCUUCAGAGGAACUAUUGCAGUACUUCCAUCCUGGCAGCGACAUCAAACCCGAUAAGGAAAAACACAACAGCUAUGUUUAUUUGGACCCGGUCACAGGUGUCGUUUUGAAAGGAGUUAAACGUAUGCAGUUCAACAUAGAACUCCGCCAGCUGCCGGGGGCCCCGCAAGUAGCCAACGUACCUACUGGACUUUUCCCGCUCCUGUGGAUGGAAGAGGGAGCAGAAUUACCACCAUCUAUAUUGGCAGAUCUGCAAAGUUCUCAUGCUUUUCUAGGCCACAUACGGAUCGUGCCAUGGGUGAUUUUGGUAACUGCAAUGAUAAUAGCUGCGAUCAGCACCAUCGCCCUAGUGCGCUCCGGAGGACUGCCGAUGUGGCCAAAGAACAAUUCUGUUAGCUUUAUACUUAGACCUAAUGUUAGUGCUCAAGGUAAUAAAGUACAAUAGUGGUGCAUUAAUUUUUAUUUUACCCUUAUCUC